AUGACCGUUUCUAGUUCUACCGACACCGAAAAAGAAGAUAAAAAAUGCCCAAAGUCCCAACUGAAAAAGAUUUUGCAUGUACUACGCAGUAAUGCUAAGUCCAAACAAGUUUUAGUAGGAGCUUCUGCAGGCUUUAUUACGGGAAUAGUUACAACUAAAAUAGGAAAAUCAGCAGCUCUUGCUCUUGGAGGAGGUAUGAUGUUACUUCAGGUUUUAAAUGAAAUGGAGUAUAUUAAUAUAAAUUGGGAUCGAGUCAAUGAUACAGUUAACAAUUCAGUUGAAGAAAAUAUGGCUAACGGUGCAGCUUUAUAUUUGAAGAAGGUCAAAGAAUUCGUAAAGAAUAAAAAUGUUUGUAUAAUGUAUGGAUUCGUGGGAGGAUUUUUGAUUGGAAUAGCGAUUUAA